ACAAAGAGGAUGCUAGUGGAAAAAAUGGGCCGUGAAGCAGUGGAACUUGGUCAUGGUGAAGUGAAUAUUACAGGUGUUGAAGAAAAUACAUUGAUAGCCAGCCUCUGUGAUCUCUUAGAAAGAAUAUGGAGCCAUGGUUUGCAGGUGAAACAGGGGAAAUCUGCUUUGUGGUCGCACUUGUUACAUUACCAAGAAAACAGGCAAAGAAAACCUACAUCAGGAAGCUUCAGUACCUCAGGAAUACUUCUAGAUUCAGAAAGAAGGAAGUCAGAUGCCAGCCCCGCAAUGUCUCCCUUAAGGGUAUCUCUUAUCCAGGACAUGAGGCAUAUACAGAACAUUAGUGAAAUCAAAACAGAUGUUGGUAAGGCUAGAGCUUGGGUUCGGCUGUCCAUGGAAAAGAAAUUGCUCUCCAGACAUCUGAAACAUCUUCUUUCUGAUCAUGAACUCACAAAAAAACUCUACAAACGCUAUGCUUUCCUCCGCUGCGAUGAUGAGAAAGAGCAGUUUCUUUAUCAUCUCUUGUCAUUCAAUGCUGUUGAUUAUUUUUGCUUUACGAAUGUUUUUACGACAAUCUUGAUUCCAUACCAUAUAUUGAUUGUUCCUAGCAAAAAGCUUGGCGGCUCAAUGUUCACAGCCAAUCCAUGGAUAUGUAUUUCAGGAGAACUGGGUGAAACAGGAGUCCUACAGAUUCCCAGGAAUACACUAGAGAUGACAUUUGAGUGUCAGAAUCUGGGAAAACUUACUACAGUACAAAUAGGACAUGAUAAUUCUGGUCUGUAUGCCAAGUGGCUAGUGGAAUAUGUUAUGGUCAGAAAUGAAGUAACAGGACAUACUUACAAGUUUCCAUGUGGGAGGUGGCUUGGAAAAGGGAUGGAUGAUGGCAGUUUGGAGAGGAUUCUGGUGGGAGAAUUGCUGACAUCCCACACGGAGGUGGAUGAAAGACAGUGCAGAACCCCUCCUUUGCAGCAGUCCCCAAGCAUGAUCAGAAGAUUUGUUACUAUAUCACCAAACAACAAACCAAAGUUAAACACAGGUCAGAUACAAGAAUCUAUUGGUGAAGCCGUAAAUGGAAUUGUCAAACAUUUUCACAAGCCUGAGAAAGAGAGAGGCAGUUUGACGCUUUUACUUUGUGGAGAAGGUGGGCUUGUCUCAGCUCUUGAGCAAGUGUUUCAGCAUGGAUUUAAAUCACCCAGGCUCUUCAAAAAUGUUUUUAUUUGGGACUUUCUAGAAAAAGCACAAGGAUAUUAUGAAGCUCUAGAUCAAAAUGAACUGGUCCCAGAGGAAAACUGGCAAACAAGAGCCAGGAGUUUUUGUCGCUUUGUCACAGCCAUCAAUAACACUCCAAGGAACAUUGGGAAGGAUGGCAAGUUUCAGAUGUUGGUAUGCCUUGGAGCCAGAGAUCACCUAUUGCACCACUGGAUUGCUUUGUUGGCAGACUGCUCCAUCACGGCCCAGAUGUAUGAGGACACAGCACUGAUAAAGGAUCACACCCUAGUGAACUCCUUGAUCCGGGUACUGCAGACCUUACAGGAGUUCAACAUCACAUUGGAGGCAUCCCUUGUUAAAGGAAUCGACAUCUGACCCGCCUCUCUGCAAGCACCAUAAAAAGCAACAAGCAACAAAUUUUUAUUAGUAUGCAAAGAUUUUAUCUGUUAAUACAUUGCAUUGCGAACUCCAGAACUUCACAUCAUUCAACACUACUCUUCUGGAAGGAAGCUCCAAAUAGAAUGUGGAGAAACGGAAGCUGUAAACCCCAGUGUAUAGAAGGGGAAAUAUUCCUAUUAAUUGAUUUUAGAGUUUAUUUGCUGAUUUGCUUUUAAACCUUUCAUGUGAAAGAGUUAGAUAAUAAGUAUUGUGUAGCUUAUUUUAAAGCUGCAAUAUUUCCUUGCCAUAGAAAAUGGUGCAGUGAGGCUCUUGGCAUUCUCUGAACUUGCCUUCAGACUGUACGUCACAAAGUAUAAUGCACACAUUCCAUUUCUGCAAAAGCUCAUUCAGCAAUUUUAAAAUUAAUGUUUUGUUAUAUUAACAUUAUCAUCACUGCUUUUCUGUGUUCAGUCACUGCUGUGCUGCAAGAACUAAAAAUGCAAAUAUUGUUUUUUUAGCCUUGAAGCACUGAAUUUGUCAGUAAAUGCUUUUUUUUCUUGUCAGUAUUAUUUUUCAGCAGACCUUUGGAGGAAUGAACCACGCAGAGGUGCAGAGAUUGGUGAUAUUUUUUCAUAGGGUAUGAAAUUGCACAGAAAAAAAUAUAUAAGUGUGUUUUUAACUGACACAUAUUUAUUUAACUUUUAAUCAUGUUGUAAUGUUUUUGUCUUUAAAACAUUCAAUAUACUUAACAGGCUGUUACAUGUCCAUUGUGUGUUCAAUCUGGGAAUCUAGAGCGCAGCCACCCUAAAUAAAAGGCCCAAAGUAAGAGUCUUGGUUAGCAAAGUAUGUUUCAGUGUGGAUCUGCCUUUUGAACCUAACUUGUUUAUAUGUGAUAACCUUUUAAUUGAUAGAUCCUAAAGUAAUAAUUUUAAAGCCCAAAUAUAGUUAAUCUAGUAACUAACUGUCUAAUCCCAAGUUUACUGCAACAGCACGCAAGUGCUUCGAAUGGGACACAGCAACAGGUUCACAAUUCACUCCAAUGCUGGCACAGCUUUUUAACAUCACAGGCACAUGCUGGUGCAAAUAUGUGGGGUUGGGUGUGAGUGAGGUCAGUAUUACCGUGACUUGCCUAUGCUGCUCCUCAGCCUAAUGUUACGUCAGGGUUUCAAGACUUUCUGUUGGUAACAUCAAAACACAGACAGAAGAACAUAUGAAAGAUCUUGGUUUGAAAUGCUUGAGUGCUCAUUUGCUAAUUCUUGUGUUUAAUUAAAAGGCUGCAUUUCUUGGAUGCUUGUAAAUGUUGUGUAAAAAUCGCUUACCCUCAUAGUGUUCAGAAUUUGUUGACUUUUACAAUAGUAAAAAACCCCAAUUGUAAAAUCUAGUGAAUGCCUAGAAGCAACUAACUGUUCUUGUCCCUAGGAGAUGCAUACCUAACUGAGGAAACACUAAGAUGUUCUGUACAGGGUUUUAAGUCUCUGCCAUCACUGUAUAAACAUUAUCUCAACAACUAGGCUCUUUAACAUAAGGAGUGGUGAUAAGUUUUCAAUUGUCAAUUUCUCCAACAUGUAGCAUUAUUCUUUAUUUCCUACAUUUUGUGGUCAUUUUUAUUCCAAUAACUUAAAAGUA